AAGACCGCCUCUCCCUGCCGUCCUCUCCACGCCACCGAGCGGCCGGUCCCCUCCGUCCUGCCCGUCGCCUCGGCGGCCUCCUACCCCCGCCUCGCGUGGUGCGGUCCCGGGUCGCAGGUCACGAGGCGGAGGGGCGCGGCCUGCUCCGGGCCCAGGUUCGUCUCUUGGAGCGGCGUUGGCGGCUGGAAGGAUGCUGGGCCGGAGUUGCCUCACCUUCGUCCUCCUGGCCGCGGCCGUCACUUGCGCAGUGGCGCAGAACGCGCCACCGUGGACCGAAGACUGCAGAAAAUCAACCUAUCCUCCUUCUGGACCAACCUAUAGGGGUCCAGUUCCCUGGUACACCAUAAAUCUUGAUUUACCACCCUACAAAAGAUGGCAUGAACUGAUGACUGACAAGGCACCAGCGAUUAGGAUUAUAGUGAAUUCCCUGAAAAAUGUAGUAAAUGCAUUUGUGCCAAGUGGAAAACUUAUGCAGAUAGUGGAUCAAAAGUUGCCUGGUCUACUUGGCAACUUUCCUGCUCCUUUUGAAGAAGAAAUGAAGGGAAUUGCAGCUGUUACUAAUAUACCUUUAGGAGAAGUUAUUACAUUCAAUAUUUUUUAUGAAUUUUUUACCAUUUGUACUUCUAUAAUAACAGAAGACAAAGAAGGUCAUCUACUACAUGCGAGAAACAUGGAUUUUGGAAUAUUUCUUGGGUGGAAUGUAAAUAAUAAUACUUGGACUAUAACUGAAGAACUAAAACCUUUAACAGUGAAUUUGGACUUCCAAAGAAAUAAUAAAACUGUCUUCAAGGCUUCAAGCUUUGCUGGCUAUGUGGGCAUGUUAACAGGAUUCAAACCAGGCCUGCUUAGUCUCACACUAAAUGAACGUUUCAGUAUAAAUGGUGGUUAUCUGGGUGUCUUAGAAUGGAUACUGGGAAAGAAAGACGCCAUGUGGAUAGGGUUUAUCACUAGAGUAGUUCUGGAAAACAGCACAAGUUAUGAAGAAGCCAAGAAUAUAUUGACCAAGACCAAAAUAAUGGCCCCAGCAUACUUUAUCCUGGGAGGCAACCAGUCCGGAGAGGGCUGUGUGAUUACACGAGACAGAAAAGAAGCUUUGGAUGUAUAUGAACUCGAUCCUAAGCAGGGUAGAUGGUAUUUGGUGGAAACAAAUUAUGACCGUUGGAAAAAUCCCCUCUUCCUUGAUGAUCGCAGAACACCUACAAAGAAGUGUCUAAACCACACAAGCCAAGAGAAUGUCUCAAUUGCAACCUUAUAUGAUAUCCUGUCAACAAAACCUGUCCUCAACAAGCUGACUGUAUUCACAACCUUGAUGGAUGUUACAAAAGGUCAAUAUGAAACUUACCUGCGGGAUUGCCCAGACCCUUGUAUAGGUUGGUGAGCACACUUCUGGCCUAUACAAUGUGCUCUCUGAGACGUCAAGAUGUGAUCUCCAAUGAGACUGACUAGUGCCACCAUCUGAUCUCCUUCCAAAGACUAAGACUCAGGGCAGGUUCUCUUUGAGUCGUGAGCUAGUCCUUCUUAAUAAAAUUCACAGAAUAUUUUUGCCUUAUCAGUUGAUUGUUAUUAUUUCCAGAUAACUUCUUUAAGUGAAGUAAAACAAUCAUCUAGAAUUUACUGAGUUUCAUUUCACUUUGACACUUGGGGAUGGGGAUGACCAAUUAAACCGCUAUGGGACCCACCUCCAUGAAGUAAACCUAGAUUCUCUGCAUUUAAUCCAGUGCAUCUGUGUGAGUAAUGUAAAAGUAAAUAGUCCACAUUAGUCAGUUUUUCACUUUUAUCUACAUACUGUAUUUGUAUGUUUUUCUGUACAGCAGUCAUUUCCUUCUGGUUCUAACUUCUAUGAUUUUUUUUUAUUUGAUUUUAUAUGAAUUCUUUUAUUUGAUUGGGGGGAUGUGACAGAUAGUCAACUGUGUAUUUCUUUUAAUGGGCAAUAAAAUGGGGCUUUGACUAUAUAGUACUUUUUGGGGUUCACAAAGUAAUCAGUAUGCAAGGCAACCUUUUAUACAAAGAAUUGAAGUGUUCCCUUUUUCAUAAUUACUCUACCUCCCAGUAACCCCAGGAAGUUGCUAACUUCAAAAACUGAGUCCCAGGUUCUGUAAAUUAGUAAAUGAAUAUGUCUAAGACUUGUGGAAAAUAAGAAGUGAACCUAUUAUUUUAAAUUCUCAUAAGUAUCAUUCAUUAACAAAUAGGUUUUUAGUUUGUUCUGAU